AUGUCUGCAAAUAUGUCUCGCGGCUCCCGGCGACGUAAACACGCCGUUUCGCAACUAAACAUAAUGGUUGUGGGAUUUUCUUCGCUUGGAAAGACAUCCUUCAUCCGAAUGCUUUACAACACACUUUGUGUCCGUGAAUAUUCUAAAGAAAAAACGGAGCUUCCCGCUAGCUUGUUCCAAAGCUCCGAAACGGCACAAGACGCUGCGGCCUCAAGUACACAAGAAUUGUACUCUUUUACGUUGGAUGUCGAAGAGGAGGGAGAGAAAAUUUCUUUAACUUUAGUUGACAGCCCUGGAUUUGUAAGGGAUAACGAACUUAGGCUUGACGUUCAAGUCACAGAAGCAUUGAGAUAUAUUGAAUCUCAAUUUGAUCACACAUUAGCAGAGGAAACUAAAGUAAAGCGUAAUCCCAAGGCUCAAGAUAGCCAAAUUCAUGCAUGCCUUUAUUUUAUCGACAAUACAAACAACGGAUUGACCGACAAGGACAUUCGUAUCCUAAAACGAUUGACUGCUCGAGUAAAUGUCAUUCCGGUGGUUGCAAAAGCUGAUUUACUUACGACUACACAACUUGCAAAUCUCAAGCAGGCCAUUAAAAAUGACCUGAAAGAGCAUAGCAUUCCUGUAUUUGAUUUUCCGGUUGAUGAUGAAUUAAUGGAUCCUGAAGUAGAGGAAGUGGUUGCAAACGCACAAUCCUUCAUCCCGUUUUCCCUAAUUGCUCCAGAAGACGCUGAUCUCAGUGAUCCAACAACCGGUGAAAAAAUCAGGGGACGCCAAUAUGCUUGGGGAAUUAUUGAUUGCUUGAACCCAAAACAUUGCGAUUUUGUUGAACUAAGAAAUGUACUUUUGUCGAGUCACCGAAAAUUAUUCAAAGAUAUUACCCUGGAGGUGUUUUACGAGCAAUAUCGUACUGAGCGACUGAUGGCCAGAAAGGCGAGUAAGAUGAUCACCAAGGAACAAAAGAAAAAAUUGUUGGAAGAUUUAUCGGAAAUUUAA